AUGGGUGAAGGUGAUAGAAAAGCACAACUUGAAGAAAUUCAAUCUAUCGAGUCAAUAUAUGGUGAUUUGAUUCAUCUCGAAUCGUCUUCACAACUCAGUAUACGAUUCAAUGAUGUACAGCUAACUAUUUGUCUUCCUAAACAUUACCCAACAAGCUCACCGCCAUAUUUCGAACUUAGCGGGCCAUCGUUAACAGAAAUCCAGAAAGAAGAGAUGAAAAAUUCGAUGAAUGAAAUUUAUGCAAAAAAUGUUGGCCAGCCAAUUUUGUACGAGUGGAUUACAUACGUGAACGACUAUUUAGCUAGUUUUGAUGGUAGUUUCAAGGCGGAAUCAGUUGAUAAUGAUGAAUCUCCACCAACUAAUACAGCUCUUUCAUCACCAUCAUCUCAACGGUGCAUUCCAACCAUAAUCAGUGGCAAUUCAUUGGUAGAUCGGAAAAGCACAUUUCAAGCGCAUGUUGCACAAGUAUUUUCCCGGGAAGAAGUAACCCUUGUGCUGAAUAAGUUGAAAGAAAACAACAAAAUUGCAAAGGCAACACACAAUAUGUAUGCAUGGUUAACUGAAGAAAAUGUAAAUGGCCGUUUGAUAAAACAGCACGAUUGUGAAGAUGAUGGUGAGAUCGGUGCAGGUGCGAAAUUAUUAAACUUAUUGGAAUUGAUGAAAGCAAAAAACGUACUAGUGAUCAUUACUCGCUGGUACGGAGGUAUACAUCUUGGACCGGAUCGAUUUCGACAUAUUUGUAAUUUGGCGCGUCAGAUCCUGGUGGAUAAUGGUUUUUCUGGUCGUACUUCUUAA